AUGGCCUUCACUUUUGCUGCCUUCUGCUACAUGCUGUCCCUGGUGCUGUGCGCCGCGCUCAUCUUCUUCGCCAUCUGGCACAUAAUUGCCUUUGAUGAGUUAAGGACGGAUUUUAAGAGCCCCAUAGACCAGUGCAACCCUGUUCAUGCGCGGGAACGGCUGAGGAACAUCGAGCGCAUCUGCUUCCUUCUGCGAAAGCUGGUGCUGCCAGAAUACUCCAUUCACAGCCUCUUCUGCGUCAUGUUCCUGUGUGCUCAAGAGUGGCUCACCCUGGGGCUAAAUGUCCCUCUACUUUUCUAUCACUUCUGGCGGUAUUUCCACUGUCCAGCAGAUAGUUCCGAACUAGCCUACGACCCCUCAGUGGUCAUGAACGCAGACACCUUGAGUUACUGUCAGAAGGAGGCCUGGUGUAAGCUGGCCUUCUAUCUCCUCUCCUCUUUCUACUACCUUUACUGCAUGAUCUACUCUUUAGUGAGCUCUUAACUCAGAUUCCGUGCACAUCAUCAGAGACCGAGAUGGGAGAGGCCCGAGGCUGAGCAGUCUGCUUCUACUGGUGACUGGAGGAGGGACCAGAGUGGGGAUGUGUGAGAAAGAGACCAGCAGGCAGUCUGAACAGGAACUGGAAUCAUGCCACAGCCAGAGGCUGAGUUAACUGUGUGUCUGUUGUUGCUCUGUGUAUCCCAGUCUUCGGCAUUCAAGUCCUACACACAGGUGGUCAAGCUCUUCUGAGCAUCAGGGAUGUGGGGGAGUUAGGUGAUGAAACACUAAACCUCUCCUGGGAGAGAAUUGCUGCUGA